CGAGACGCGAACUGUCGUUGCGGAGCUGUCGGCGGCCGCGACGCCGCCCGCUUGGCAUUUCCGAGCGCAGCCGCGCACUUGGUGCCACCGGCAUGGAGCCCGAGCCGGAGCAGGAACCGGUCACGCUUCUGGUGAAGAGCCCCAACCAGCGCCACCGCGACUUGGAGCUGAGCGGCGACCGCAGCUGGACGGUGGGCCGCCUCAAGGCCCACCUGAGUCUCGUCUACCCCGAGCGUCCGCGUCCUGAGGACCAGAGGUUAAUUUAUUCUGGAAAGCUAUUGUUGGAUCACCAGUGUCUCAGGGACUUGCUUCCAAAGCAGGAAAAACGGCAUGUUUUGCAUCUGGUGUGCAACGUGAAAUGUUCCGCAAAAAUGCAAGAAACGGGCACUAAGGUUACUGAAGCUGCAGAGCGGCCUGAAGGUCCUAAUCAUGGGCAGCAUCUUGGGGAUUCCUCCAGCGAUGGCUCGAGGCAAAGGGAAACUCUUCGGAACCUCUCUCCUGUCUGGGAGAACGUCUCAAGGCCUGAAGCUGUCCAGCAGGCAUUCCAAGGCCUGGGGCCUGGUUUCCCUGGCUACACAACCUAUGGGUGGCUUCAGCUUUCCUGGUUCCAGCAGAUCUAUGCACGCCAGUACUACAUGCAGUAUUUAGCUGCCACUGCUGCCUCAGGAGCUUUUGUUCCAUCACCAAGUGCACAAGAGAUACCUGUGGUCUCUGCACCGACUCCAGCCCCUAUCCACAACCAGUUUCCUGCUGAAAAUCAGCCAGCCAAUCAGAAUGCAGCUCAAGUGGUGGUCAAUCCUGCAGCCAAUCAGAACUUGCGAAUGAAUGCACAAGGUGGCCCCAUUGUGGAAGAAGAUGAUGAGAUAAAUCGGGAUUGGUUGGAUUGGACCUACUCAGCUGCUACGUUUUCUGUUUUUCUCAGUAUCCUCUACUUCUACUCCUCCCUAAGCAGAUUCCUCAUGGUCAUGGGGGCCACCAUUGUUAUGUACCUGCAUCACGUUGGGUGGUUUCCGUUUAGACAGAGACCAGGGCAGAACUUCGCGAAUGAUGGUCCUCCUCAGGAAGCUGUGAAUCAGGACCCCAACAACAACCUACAGCAAGAAGAUGAUCCUGAAGCUGAAAGCCCCAACCACCUCACCCCAGACCGGGGGGUGCUGGAUGCCGAACAGACCAGCCCCUCAUUUAUGAGCACAGCAUGGCUUGUCUUUAAGACUUUCUUUGCCUCUCUUCUUCCGGAAGGCCCUCCAGCCAUAGCAAACUGAUGGGCUUUCACUGUAGCAGCUCAGCUCGAGGCUUUGACAGGCAUGGACUGCAUCACCUGUCCCAGCUCGAGCUCUUCACCUGGACCGGACAUACGCAGUCAUGGCAAACCCACAAGGAUAAUAUGCACAAAGUAAGACAUGAAGCCAUGAUACAGAUUGAAAAAAAACUGCCCGGGGCUUCUCAUGUCUUUAUUCUGAAGAGCUUUACUCUCUAUAAUGUCUGUAGUUUACUAGGCACUGUAAGUAGAAGGCAUUAGUGUCGCAUGUUAAUGCCUGAGGACCCCCCAGACGUGUGCGUCUGCAUGUGUGUUGUACAUAGCAGUCAGGCAGAAAUGGUUCUGCUGGUACGAUUUGAUUCCUGUUGGAAUGUUUAAAUUACACUAAGUGUACUACUUUAUAUAAUCAGUGAAAUUGCUAGACAUGUUAGCAGGACUUUUCUAGGAAAGACUUAUGUAUAAUUGCUUUUUAAAAUGCAGUGCUGUAAACGCAGGGGAACUUGGCAGAGGUGGGAACCUUUGCCGGGCUUCUGUUCAAUAAAGUUUUCCUAUGAAUCACUGUG